CUCUGAGUUAACCGACAAGAUGGACUCACGGAUAAAUGAAACAGUUGCGGAAGUAAAGACAGACACAGAAUGUAUCCAUGCGGUUAUAUUACAAGUCGCAAAUUCACAAGCGGGAUGUAGCUGCAAAGAUAAAAUAACUGAAUUCAAGAAAGAUCUUGACGCUGUGAAAGAAAGGUUGUCAAAAAAGGAUGAAGAAUACCGGCAAGUAAAACAGAAACGUGACGAGGUAAAGAGUGCAAGAGCAAGACAACUGGAUGAACUCUCCACACAACUUGAACAUAUUCAGAGUAGCAUAGGAGCCAUGGAACGCAACCGACCAUUGGGUACAGGGUCAGGCAGCGAGUAUGAAGCAACAAUACGUUCAACAGAAAGUGCUACAUCAGUGUCAGAUUUCGGAGCAAGUUCGCUAUCACUGAAACCGGAGAAACAUACAAACCACGUCUGCGUUAAACAGCAGUCUGAAAGACGGAAUUCGAUGGAUGUAGAAAAAUGGCAACUUCUGGGGAGACAAGAAAUAGAAAGGGUUUCCUUGAUGCCUCGUCCGUCUGGCGGCUACCACACUGUUUUGCUGCUGGACAUAUCAGAAAGCAUGGCGUCAGGGGACUCUUGGAAAAAGGUCAACACAUUCGUGAAAGAUUUCCUUUCUGGUUUAGAAGAACACUCCUUACUGUAUCAGCCAUCACGACAUGUUGAUGAGCAUGUAAGCCUCGUCACGUUUGGACACCAAACACACGUGGAGAUACCGAUGACAAAAGAUUUCAAACAGAUCAGAAAUAAGAUAGAUGAGAUUGAGUUAGGCGGCCCAAGUCCUCUUGUCGGAGGUCUGCUCGUCGCACGUGCAGUUUUAUUGUCGGUUCAGAAUCCUCCUGUUUGUAUCAACAAUGUAAGUAUGCAUCAUAAGGUCAUUGUUAUAACGGAUGGACAGCCAACGGAGAUGUCGCUGUACAGUGGACCAGAUGUAGUAGACGAAACCAAACUUGACGAGGAUAUGGCAAACAUUGUGUGGAUAUUAGACACUCUAAACGAUGCCAAGAUGUCGGUAUUCUUUGUUGGAGUGCCUGAUUGCGCCACCACAUUUUUCUCGUGUAUCCGAUCGGAUGAGCCAUACACAAAUGUAUUUGAUUGCAAUGAAGGACGCAGAUUAGCCAGGCGCAAUUAUCUUUGUACACAAAAGGUUCACGACGAACAGUUUGGCAAUUUAGAGAAUUCUGACGGAAAUUUGACACCAGAGGAUAAAACAGAUAUUUGUGACAUUUUGACAACAACGCAUAAACAUGUCGCGGAUGCAAACGCCGCAAGCGAAUAUCGUAGUCCUGGUAUGUAUCUGGAGAGCAACUGCAAAACUCUGCCCAUCAUUGGUUCCCGCGUUCGCAGAGGACCCGACUGGAAGUGGGAUAACCAAGACAGUAAUGGUGUUGGGACAGUGGUUGGACAUUGGGACAAUGAAAUACAGGUGACUGUGGAGUGGGACGUCAAACUACCUGGUGGUAACCUAGGGUACCGAUAUGGCUUAGGACGAUUCGAUCUUCUCAUUGUCGACGAGGUUCGACGCCUUCAGCCCGGGGAAUUAAUGGCAGUCGGUUGUCAAGUGAAAACUGGUCGACAUGGUAAAUUUAGAAAUGUCCAUGCGUGGAACAAGGGUGUUGUUGUUGAAAUGAAACCACCUAAAGCACGAGUACGUUGGGACAGUGGAAUAAGAGGAGAUUAUAGUUAUGGCGAGGACGGCAGAUUUGAAAUAGAAAUUUGUGACACAUCAGCGACACAUCUGGAAGAAUCUGACAAAGCUGCACUUGGGUCGAAAAAUAAAAAUAAAAACAAGAUUUCAAAGUAGUAUCGAUUUCUGCUUAGAUACUUUGAUCCGCUGCUGUCCUUAAGCAAUGCAUGUCAGUCCAUCCCACUUAUGCAAUAAGUGAACUUUGCAAAUUGUAUAUUUCGAAAAAUGCGUCUGUUCUGUCUAUAACUUGCUCAUAUUCAUCGUCGUUUUAUUGAGUUUUUUACCUGACUAAUCAAAUUUUGAUUAAUAAUUAAAUGCGAUAAAAUACCUUGAAAUAAAGUACAUAUUUUUGCGAUCAUUAAACAUUCAUUCGAAACAAAUGUAAACAAAAUAACUAAAUUAUUGUUGUUAAACUACCAAUCCGUAAAAAAAACGAGUUUGUGAGGAAAUUGAAAAAAAAUUUCGUUGUCGUUUUCUAAUCUGUUACUAGACAAGAUUCAUAUGAACCCAAUCGUUUGUAGAAGUUCUAAUUUGCAACUCGAAAUUAAAAUGUUUAGCUACAUAAGAUCAGUUUGUACUUACCAUCUAAUAAAAUUACA